AUGCCAACUCCUAUGGCCACCGUCAUAGUCCACCGCAACGGCGUCCCCACUGCCAUCCAGGUGCCGGCAACCGGCAUCAUCCGCAAACAUCACCCAUCCUCCUCCGAAAAGGACUCAACCUCUGAUACCACCGACAGUCCCGUAGACCCGCCCCUCACGGCACGCCAACUUCGAUCGAAGCGUGCGACCGACACGUUCCUCGCUCGCCACGACCGCACCAGGAACCCGCGGUCCACUCCACGGACGCGUCACACUCACAAGAAUCCACGCCCCACCCGGCCCGACGCGCCCAGCUCCGCCCCAGAUGGCCUCUCCGAGGAUGACAGACCUAUCCGAGCUAGACAGACACGCAAGCCAAACACUGCCAAACACCCAGGCCCAGCUCCAUCACUCCAGCCUCGUCCAACUAUACCACCCGCUACGAUUCCCACUCCCCUUCAGACCUCCAAGUCGGCCAAAGGUUCCUCUACACAGAGCUCUCUACCGGACAUAUGGCGUCGAUCCCCUCCAACCACCCUAGCGCCCCAUCCCAUCACCCUCCCCAUUUCCACUUCACACAACACUCCACCCAUAUCAGCACCUAUUAAACACCACCAUGGGUCUCCACAGGCAACCAGUCCUGCCAUCCCAACCCUUGGGACAAGGCACUCACACCCAACCUUCCAUGAGGCCACUGCCUCGUCCUCCAAGCAAACCAAUUCCGCUGCAAAUCACGCACCGCCAUAUGAGUACACCCCCUACUCCCACACGCAGCUCUCUUCCCCACGGCCUGCUCCGUCCGAUGUACAGCCCUCGACCACCCCUACACAAGCACCUGGCCCCCCAUGUUCCGCCCCAGCUACAUCACCACCAACCAUGACGCCCUCCCGUGUCACGCUCUGGACCACCACAUACCCUCCCCAUGCUGACUACCUUAGCCCCAGUCAAGACACACGACUAGGCUCCCUAGUCCCCACCCAUCAGGACAUCCCACUCCACAACCCCGUCCCAUCACCGACAUCUCCCCCAGUUGGCCCGGAACGCCCAACCACGCCAACGGACACAUGCGCACUGGGCACACUACGCCCGACAUCCUUAAAAAUGCAGCUUCCCGAGCCCAACCCGACACAGAGCACCACCCAUCCAACGUUCGAGGAUAUGCCUACAUCCCCGGCCCCAACACCACCUGGCCCGGCACACACCCAUCCCUUCCCCCACACUGGCUCUCCCUCUCACCCAACCCGACCACCAACAGUCAAACGCCACCACUCCGACAUCGAACCCGACCUGGAUUUUUCACACCCCUCCUUCCACCUCCCGCCGACAAAGAGACACCACGAUAUGCGCUAUCCGCCCACCCCGCACUACCAACCAAGCUCCUAUGAACCUGGGCAGAACGAGCAAGAAGUAGCCGACACUACUAUCGAUGACGACGACCAGGAGGGGUAUGACGCCAACACAGCCCUCCAGUUUCCGGGCAUCCGGAACCUGCACGACGAAGGACAGCCAAUCCUGUACCGCACCAUGCAACGUUACUGGGAGCGGGAGGCACACCUCUUCCAAGGCUUCACCGCGGACGACGUUGCCGACGUAGAGCGACACUUCGCCGAUGCCAAAGUCCAGGAUAUCUGCCAGGAACGCUGCGGCCUUACCUUCCGGGGGGGUCUCCUCGAACACGGCCAGCAGCUCAUCGGGGACCCCCUCCAACGCACCAUCCAGGCCUGGGCAGCGCCACGACGUGGGUAUCCUUUUCUCCGCGACAUCUCUGUAGUUAUGAUCUACCAAUAUGCUGGUGUGCUCGACAACGGCCUCUCCUUCCACCAGCUCGAAUACCGCAAUCCAUCCAAAACUUCCCCUGGUGACCUCAUGUGCGCCCUCCGCGCCCUUGGGGCAACUGACGCCAUCAUCCAAAGCCAUACCCGGAUGUCCGGAACUCAUGGCCCACGCGACCACUGGGCUGCCAUCGGCUGUGUUAACUGGCCCUCGGAAGGCCAAUACCGCUUCCGCCUCGUCUUCCCCAGCCAGAGCAUGGCAGAAACGCUCACUCCCUUACGCGACCUCUGCUGGGACAACCCCACAUCCACCUUCUUCCACCCACAUGCCACCAGUGCCGCCACACUUGUGGAUACCAAAGUCCGCAUUGGCCGCCUCCCACCACUUACCACUACUGACGACAUCCUCGCUGCGCUUCGCGGCUCUCACCUCCCCACCCCAGACGUCGAUAUCACAGGGGACGGCUAUGCCACCCUCACUUUUGACACUCCAGCACCCAUAGCCUUUCUCUGGUCCACCUCUGGCCCACAUGGCGAGACCCGCCUAUAUAUCCGUGACACUGCCGUCCACCUCCACAUCCUCACCGGUCACCCCUGCCGGUCUGCUGCGCCGGUACAGUGCCGGGACUGUGGCCGCAACGACCACCACGGUCGACCCUGUGACCGCUUCACCUAUUUGGAACCACGGGAUCGCGCCCGCAGCAACUUCCAACACACCUCCACCACUCGCAGGGACCUACGUAGCCCUGACACACGCACGCGCAGUACAAGUCGCCACCGCCACGCGGGACACCACACACACUCCGCCCCCCAACACCCCGCCGCGGCAGGCCAACACCAACAACACCAACACCAAACCCAGGCCUGGCAACUCCCACUGCAGCGCCACCCGCACCAAGUCCCCGGACACACCACCAACCUCAAUCUAUUCCUCCGGCGGGAGCUCUCCACGUACGUGGACCAACGCAUAGUAUCGGCCACGACCCCACUCCGACAGGAGGUUGAGUCCCUCCGCGCUGACAAAGAAGCCCUGGCUGCACUUGUAUCCGCCUCCAGUGUUGCUUUCUCCACUCUGGAUGCGCGCCUCCUAGAGGAACGACGCCUACGAGAAGCCGCGGAACUUCUCCAAGCCGAGGACAACCGCUUACGCGCGGAGGCACACAUACGCCUGAACACCGUGGUCACACAACACGAGUCCCAACAGGCUGCCUUAACUGCACGUCUCCCAUACCUCGAAUCCAGCGUCCACACACUACUACAGGCCAUGCAGUCCGUAUCAUCUCAAAUGUCAGCCCUGGCAGGGCUCGGGCCCCUACCCGCCACCCUCCCACCCAAUGUGUCACCCGCCACUGACUCCACUGGGACCCUCCCGGGCACUGUGGAGGAUGCACUACCGGCCCGAGGACAAGAACCAGACGACACCAUGGGCACCGAGCCGGAGGAUCACUUUCUGCUCUGGAUCUCCUGCUACCCCCCCCUGGCCGCUGCCACCCUCUCUCUAUCACUGACAACACCCCUACCACCAUACAUCACUACACCGUCCCACCCCGCCCCGCCUUCAGCCACCUACACGACCCCACUACAAAAUCCUCUCCCGCUGAGUACCCUCAACAUCAACCACCCGCGGCAACGCCGCCGCCGACGCGCAUGGCGGAUCCACCGCCCCCCCCUCCCCCCACCCGACGCGGACACUGCCAGACACCAACUCGACAACAUCCUCCGGCGUGAAUCGCUCAAGGGCGAAGCGUACAUUGGAGACCCAGGCCACCCGUCUCCACCGGUGCUCCAGCUAGAUAGCCUGCGUAUUGCAUCCACCAACAUCAAUAAAAACACUGGCUCCCCCACUCCACACCUCAUGGCCAUUAGUAAUCACCGCGUCAGCAUUUUAUAUGACAUCCAACGUUGGCACCCACGCAUCGAUGCCCGGCGUACAACCUACUCCCCGACGGGGCGCAGUAUAUCCAUCUGUAUCCGCCUUGGCAAAGGCUCCCUCUUAACCCUCAUUGGCACAUAUUGUCAAGACUCUCCCGCAUCUCACCGCGAUACGACCGAGCAGGAAUGGCAAUGGCUCACCCAGGCCACCACACAAAUCCCUGGGCAACACCACUCUGUAAUCAUGGGGGGAGAUUUCAACACCUACGACACCAACCCCCUCGACCGAUCUGCCCCACAACCUCGCUCAGGCCACAGUCUGGACAUCGGCACCCCAACCGACAACGUCUCACCUACGCUCGCAACAACACUGCCGUCACCCUGGAUGACAUCUACAUCUCUGCACGAUCCGCCCACAAACGAAGUGCCAGUGGCAUAUGGCUCCAUACCAUCCACUCCAGUGACCAUGCCGGCACCCCCUUUCUAG